UCUUCCUUUAAAAGAGCAUUCAAGUGCAUUUUUACAAUAAUGAAGGAGAGUGCCAUUCUGCCGGUUUUCUGUAUUUUCAGGACCCGAUAGAAAUGACUACAUUUUCUCCCGCUAAGUGUCAGGUACAAACGCCGAAGCAGCCCUCGCGGCCCCUGUGCCUAGAGCCACGUGCCAGGGACAUGCAGUGUGAUCUGGAGGGUCCGCGGUCCUCAGCAGCAGGCGUACCCGGGGCAUCUUCCCCGUCCGCGGGGCCCGGGCCUGGCUCGUGCAGGGCCCCUGUCCAGGAGGUUCCCCACGUGAGACCCCGCGUGCCACCCGUGCGUCGCGGUUUCAACGGUCGCCCCAGCCCGGCGUGUUCCGCGUCCGCAGACACUCGGAGCCCUUGCGGAAGCCGUGUUUCGCCCUCCGAGGCCCCGACGCCGCCGCACCGCCAACAUGGGCGGCUACCUGAGCAGACACCUGGGCAGAUACCUGCGCACGGCCAAGGCCGCGCUGCCACGCCCCGCUUGGGGAAACCGCUACCUGCGGGCCAGGCCCGCCCCCCACCGCCGCGGCGCGGUCCAGAACCAAGUCAUCUCGGUGCACCGGGAGCGCUGGAUGCAGAGCCGGACCCACCUCCCGCUGCCGCCCCACCUGGACCACCCCCGAGUCCAGAGGGCCGUAGUGCCCAAGGCCUGGAGGAGCUUCCGCGGCAAGUCCCCCCUCCACACCUUCCUGGGGCUGGAUUUCUCUAGCAGGCGCGAGAGCUUCGUGAGGCACUGCCUCUGGAAGGCCCAGAACGUCCUGAACGUCUGGAACAUGGUGACCGUCAACAUCGCUCCUCCUGAGGGCUGCGGGAGCUCCAGCGGGCGCCCAGCCACCCAGGAGCGCCCGCACUCCUGCGCCAAGGAGAUCUGGCUGAGGGCUCGCAGCCCCGGCCAGAGAGGGAAGAAGAGGAGCGGCAGAGCUCUCCGGUUCGAAGGCCCCCCGGCCAAGAGGAGGCGGCAGAGCCCAGGGGCCAGGCCGUCCGCCUUCAGUCCUGUGUGGAAAGAUGGCAUGGCCCCUUCCUUCGUGCCCAGGCCUGGGCCUCUGAGAAGAGGCCUCUUCUGGCAUCGCGCCGACCAGGAGGCCACCCAGCCCGGGCCCGACCCGCCGCCAGGACACCAGCAGGCCCCAGGAGAGUCACCGGGCCUCGGCUUGAGAGCAGAUGAGCGUGUCCCAGAGCCUGGGCCCUCCUGCAGCCUGGGGCUCCCCUUGUAUCCUGAGCCACCGCCUGAGACUCGAACCAGCAGUCCUUUUACCCCGCUGACCCCCGCUCUACCCCGGCAUGAGUGACCGGCCCCGGCAGCCAGCCCUCACCGCCCGGGCAGCAGCUCCGCCCAGGCCCCAGACCCACCUCCCUUGACCCAUGGGGCUGGCAUCCAAACCUCGGUCUUCCUUCUGCCCUCCCCCUGCCCGCCUUCUCCCUGGAGACACACUUAGCGGGAAGGCCUGCUUCUCCCCUUUUCCCAGUUUCUUGAGUGAAAACACUGUUCUGUUAGUAACAAUAAUAAAGUUUCGUUAUACA